AUGGAAGAAGACUUGCUUCGCAUCUUCAGCAGAUCUGGGAAGCUAUCGGAUGUCUUCAUACCAAGGGAUCACAGCCGCCUAAAGUCCAGAGGUUUCACCUUUGUUUUAUUUCGAUACGAACAAGAAGCUUACAAUGCGGCUCAAUGUCUAAAUGGGAGGAGAGUUGAUGGAAGGAUCAUCUCCAUCGCCAAAGUGAAGAUUCAAGUGGGUAGCCCAGGCGCAGUGAGGUCUCGCCAGCCACAACCGAACCCCCUCUCUGGCCCGGGUUCCUACUCAGAUAGGGUGAAGAAAUUGCUUCCUAAAAGCCAGGACAACCCCACGGGAACAAAGAAGAAUUGUUCAGCCACUGCCGCAUAG